AUGGUUAACGUUAAAAGUGUGAAAAACAGUAAAUGGAUACGUCGCUACAGGUUUUACUGCAUCUGCGGCCUUAUUAUACUUUCGAUACAAAUAUUCCUGUCCGUACGUUUCGUUUCGAUCUACCGGGCGACCGAUGACAACCAAUGGGAGCCACAGAACGAAGAGUAUUUAUCAAAUAGUUACGUAGAAAAUGAAAUCAACUCCGCCAGGAAGGGGCAAAACGACCGACUGGACGACGAAGAUGCCAAAAUUACCAAGAUCAAAGAACCGCCGAAAAUUGCACCAAACAACAGCCGCGUUUUAAGGCUUGAGGAGCUGGACUUUGUCCCGGCCUGUCACAUAACCGGCAAAGAGGCGGUGUCCGCAAUACACAGGGCGAAAACACAAAAAUGCAAACAAUUAUUGGCCAACAUAACUUGUCUGUCCCUGGACAACAAGUUGUAUCCAAAGGAAUUGAAAGGGGCUUGUCCUGCUGGGAAUUACAGCGAGGGCAGACCCUUAGGUUGUUACAAGGAUGAAAAGAACUUCAGGAUACUCAGCGGCUACUAUGGGGUCAACAAAAAGGAAAACUCGCCAAAAUACUGCAUGAAUCUGUGCCUUCAGUCAGGAUUUCAAUAUGCAGGUGUCCAAUACAGAACUGAGUGUUUUUGUGGCAAUGAGGAGCCUCCUUCGACGUCCAAACUUCCUGACUCGUCCUGCAACAUGAAGUGCCCCAUUGAAGACUUAUCGGAGACCUGUGGGGGGUAUUUCACCAUUAAUAUCUAUGAAACUGGCAUCAAAAAGUUCUCCUCACAAAUUGCCAAAACGGAUUUCGCACAUGAAGAAGAUGAAAAAAAGAGUGUCAGAAUCGUGUUCCUAUUAACUCUAAACGGGCGAGCUUUAAGACAGGUUAAGAGGCUCAUAAAGAUCCUCUACACGACCAACCACUAUUAUUACAUACAUAUCGAUGUGCGUCAAGAUUAUUUGUUCCGUGAGCUGCUGCCGCUGGAGCGACAGUUUCCUAACGUGCGUUUGACGAGGAAACGCUUCGCAACGAUUUGGGGAGGGGCCUCGCUUCUGGAAAUGCUGCUGUCGUGCAUGAAAGAGCUGUUGGAGCUUAAAGAUUGGAAGUGGGACUUCGUUUUGAAUCUGAGCGAGUCAGACUUCCCUGUUAAGAGUGUGGCACAACUAACCGACUUCCUGACCGCCAACAAAGGUAGGAACUUUGUUAAGUCGCACGGCAGGGAAGUGCAGAGGUUCAUUCAAAAACAGGGCUUGGACAAGACCUUCGUCGAGUGCGAGAACCGAAUGUGGCGGAUAGGUGAUAGGAACUUGCCGACAGGCAUACAGGUCGAUGGGGGCAGCGACUGGAUUGCCCUGUCCAAGCCUCUGGUGCGUUAUGUGGCCGUGGACCAGGACGACUUGAUAACUGGCUUGUUGAGCAUUUUUAAGUACACCCUGUUGCCCGCCGAGUCAUUUUUCCAUACGGUUUUGAGGAAUUCCAAGUUUUGCAGCAGCUACGUCGACAACAACCUGCACGUGACCAAUUGGAAAAGGAAGUUGGGUUGUAAAUGUCAGUACAAGCACGUGGUGGAUUGGUGUGGGUGCAGCCCCAACGAUUUCCGACCAGACGACUGGCAAAGAAUUCAAAACACCCAGUCCAGGCAGCUAUACUUUGCUAGGAAAUUCGAACCCAUUAUCAAUCAAGCUGUUAUUCUGCAGCUGGAGCUUUGGAUACACGGCUUAGACAAGCCCUCACACUUCGUCCCCAAUUUGCACAGUUACUGGCAGAGCAUUUAUAAUCAACUGGAUGUGGGUGCCACCAAAGAUGAUGGCUUGUUGACUCUAGGUGCCAGCUUUGGGCGGCGCAUUCAGGGUUUAUUAGAAAACUCCACAUGUAGCGUACAAGUAUACAAAUUUACCGAAGCCAACUCGUACCACACCAAAGACGUAUACAAGUACACUUUGCUGCAUUAUCAAACUUCAGUGGGAAACCUAGAAAUAGCCAUUAAACCCACGAACAAAAUAUCAGUUUUAAAGCCCUCACCUCUGAUGGAUCACCUGAAUUACAUGCUAGUCAGCACCGAUUACGACCCCAAAGAGCAGAUCUCGAGGAACUUCCUUAAAAUAAUGUCGCCGUACUCCGACCCCAACUUCGUGUACCACUUCAACACCCACAAAACUGCCAAAGUCUACAACAUAUCUUGCCUGUGGAUCAACCCGGCCGGUUAUCUGGAGGAGGUGACCGACAUUUCCGUCGACGAGUCCUCGCUGAUCGGCAACGCCAAGUCGAACCUGAAACAGCCAAUCUUGCCCGGCGUUUGGACGAUGAAGCUGGCGUACAAGACGGCCACGCUGGCCACCGUCAAGUUCCUGGUGGUGCCACUGCAGUAUCUGUCCGGCAACCCGGUGUCGCCGGCGCAGGUGGACUUCCUGCACGGGCACUCGUUGCACUACGUCAAGAAGAAGUUCCCCGGAAGCUUCGACGCGUUUCUGCCCGCCGCGGAGGAGAGGCAAGUCAUGGAGAAUGCGGCCGUCGCCAACGCUAAGCGUUUCGACGCGGAUCUGGACGAGUGGAUCGACUCUUUGGUCCACAAGUUUUAUUCGAUUGAGAAGUUGUGUGUUGUAAAUAGGGAGCGAAUGAAUGUGUGUGGUCAUAAUCUUGAUGCAUGCGUUGAGACGUCUUGGAGUUCGUAUGCUCCCGACCCAAAAAGUGCCAUAGAUAGGGAUACUGUUGAUAGGACUAACGGGACGUUUUACAUAUGGUAGGGCACAAUGUGGUGAAUCUUGGACCGGCUUUACAUUAUGUAUAAUAGGUUUAUGCUUUAGGAAAUGUCCAUGAAAAUUCAUUACAUUUUAAAAUCUUGUGAUACAUAUUGGUGCUAAGUUAUUAUUUUUUUAUGGUCACGAUGGCGAUUUACACAAGUUUUACAGUUUUAUUUUAUUACA